GCAGGCGCUGCCUCCUCCUCGGCCGCGGGCAGAGCCAGCGGCUGGCAGGCAGCCCGCAGCUGGCUGGGGUGGGGGCCGGCAAUCAAGAGCCAGGGCCGGUCCAAGCCCCGGGGCUGCGGGAGCGCUCUCCAGGCUGCUCGGGGCGCUGUGGCUCCGCGGGGCUGCGGCAGCCGUUGCCCGGCGUGUGGGGGCUCCCACCCGCCCUUCCAGGCCGUUGCCGUCAUGGUGUCGUGCGGGGCUUUCCACAGCUUUCUCUUCGAGUACGACACUCCCCGCAUCGUGCUGAUCCGGAGCCGCAAAGUGGGGCUCAUCAACCGCGGGGUGCAGCUCGCCAUCCUCGCCUACGUGAUCGGCUGGGUCUUUUUGUGGGAGAAGGGCUACCAGGAAACAGACUCUGUGGUCAGUUCCGUAACCACAAAGGUGAAAGGAGUAACGCUGACAAACACAUCCACCUUGGGAGCCAGGAUCUGGGAUGUGGCUGACUAUGUCAUCCCUCCUCAGGAGGAGAACACUGUGUUUGUCAUGACCAAUGUGAUACUCACACUGAACCAGCGCCAAGGCCGCUGCCCAGAGUUUCCAGAUGAUAAUACAGAGUGCAAGGUGAAGGACAGCUGUGUUCCAGGAUAUGUCAGCACCCACAGCAGUGGCAUCCAGACUGGGGAGUGUGUACCAUACAACAGCAGCAUCAAGACCUGUGAAGUCUUUGCAUGGUGCCCUGUGGAAGAUGACUAUCAUAUACCCAAGCCAGCGUUCCUGCAAGAAGCUGAGAACUUCACCAUGCUGGUAAAGAACAAUAUUUGGUACCCCAAGUUCAACUUCAGCAAGCGAAACAUCCUCCCCACUAUCAACUCCACCUACCUCAAGAAUUGCAUCUAUGACCCCCAGACAGAUCCCUUCUGCCCUAUCUUUCGCUUAGGGAAAAUAGUUGAAGCAGCAGGGCAGAACUUCCAGGAAAUGGCUGUGGAGGGGGGAGUCAUGGCGCUGCAGAUCAACUGGGACUGCAACCUUGACAGAGCUGCCUCCCACUGUGUGCCAAAGUACUCCUUCCGGCGCCUUGACAACAGGGACUCUGCCUACACUGUCUCGCCUGGCUACAACUUCAGGUUUGCGAAAUACUACAGGGAAAGUAAUGGCACUGAAUCACGGACGCUUGUCAAAGCUUAUGGCAUCCGCUUUGAUAUCAUAGUGUUUGGAAAGGCAGGAAAAUUUGAUGUAAUUCCUACCAUGAUUAACAUUGGCUCUGGCUUAGCGCUGUUUGGCGUGGCAACGGUGCUGUGUGACGUUGUUGUUCUGUAUUGCAUGAAGAAGAAAUACUACUAUCGGGAGAAGAAAUACAAAUAUGUGCAGGAUUAUGAACUGGGAGUCGACGAGACAUACGGAACAAACUCCUGACCUCCUGCUGCUACAGCACCAACUGCUGCUGCGAACGUUACACUGACCCUGCCAUGAGACUCACCCUCUCUUCGUUGGAAGGAAGAGGGGAAUAAACUGGAGAAGGGGACUUUCUUCGCUACUCUUCACUACUUUUGCUGGUUGGAGCCAGCUGGUUGGACCUCCAGACAGAACUGGGUCUGCUCCUUGUCUGCUGUCUUUCCAGGUUAAUUGCACUAAGCACAUAAGGAGAAUUGUGCUUUUAUGCAGGGCCUCUGCACCAGGUAAGCCUGGGACAAGGAACUACUCCGACAUUGUCAUUUUGACAGUCCUCCUUUCCCCGAGCUCGGUGGUAGCAGAGAGCACAGGGUAACAGGCACAGGUUCUUCCUUACAGUGAACAUGGCCCCUGCCAGGGGUUGCCUAACCUUGGGAGAGCAGCUCCUUGCUGUUGUCAAACCACUCUUCCUCACCCUGAAGGAUUGUGAUGCUUAGCUGAGCCUGUGCCUACUAUUUAAUUGUGUAUCCAAGCUCCAGUGGCCACAGACCGAGACAAAGCAGUGUCUGGUUCCAUUGUGCUAUGGUAAAUGGCUUACUAGUUACAGAAAUUGUUUUUUGGUUUUGUGUAAUUUUUGUGGUACUACUUUAAAAUUUAUUUUCUUUUUAAUAAAAUACUGCCCUCUCUCAGUCCUCUUAA